AUGUAUCCGUUGAUGAAAAUUGUAGCUCCUAUGCUCGGAGUGCGUUUUAUGAAUUUGGGAUACUGGCCAUCAACAAGCGAAGAUGAUAGAAAACUGAUCAAGUUUAUGGAUGAUGCAGAUGAUUUGGAAGAAUACGUUCUGAAUGUCGAGGCUGCUCAUUUGUAUUCUGAUUUUCGAAAGUUUGUGAAAGAAGUUUCCAGAGUACUUCGAUCAGGUGGUACUUUUUGCUAUGUAGACGUUCGCUAUCCUCAUGAUGCGUAUCUUGUGAAUGAAAUCGCCGAAUCUUUCGGAUUCAUUUUGCAGCAUUUUGAGGACUGUACGGAAGAAGUUGUAGAAGGAUUGAACUAUUCAGCAAGAAAGUACGAUGAUCUUCUGGAGAGGGCGCCAUUUUUCGUGCAACUAUUCAAGAAGUCGUUAAGAGAGACAUACUGCGCACCUGGAACCGAUGGUUACGAAAGAUUGAAAAGUGGUCAGAAAAUGUACGUCGCAGCAAGUUGGAUGAAAAAUUGA